CCCAAUUGUACACUUCUACACAUUGACCUAACAUUUCCUCGUGCACUUUUCCAACGGAAAUUCAAUUCAACUUUGUUCAAUAACAAACUUUGGAACUCCAGAGUUUCGCAGCAUCUGAUUUCCCAAGCUUUGCUGCGGCACCGCUACCAACCAUUCAUCACUCGUCACCCGACACCGGCCAUUCUCUCAUCUUUCAUCUUUUUCAUUGCCCACCGUCUCCAUCUGCCUUCUACUUGCAUCUUGCAUCUCGCACCUUGCCUUUUGCUGCUUGUUAACCUCCGCUUUCUACUUUUAUCCUCUCCAACUCGUUAGCUACCAUUAGCUGCUCCCCUUAUUUCUUAUCGUCUAUGGCAUUUCUCUACUCCGUCGAACCUUAAAAAGUUCUUUACACAGCACUCCGUCCAUCAUGUCGGAGUCAAUUAGUGAUCAGUACGAGGUACUGGAAAAAAUCGGCCAUGGCUCCUUUGGAGUCAUCCGAAAGGUCAGGCGCAAGACCGAUGGAAUGAUCCUUUGUCGCAAGGAAAUUAGUUACCACAAGAUGUCGCAGAAGGAACGUGAACAGUUGCACUCCGAAUUCCACAUUCUCUCGACGCUUCGACACCCUAACAUUGUCGGCUAUUAUCAUCGCGAGCACCUUAAGCAGACGCAGGAUUUACACUUGUACAUGGAAUAUUGCGGUAACGGUGAUCUUGGCCGUGUUAUUCGAGACUUGAUCCAACGUAAAGAGUACGCCGAUGAGCAGUUUGUUUGGGAGAUCUUCGCGCAGUUGGUUACCGCUCUGUACCGAUGUCACUAUGGCGUCAACCCUCCUGCCAUUGGACCAAGUGUCGUAGAGGUUAUCAACGGAGGAAAGGUUGCUAAGGUGCCCCACGGAAACAUGACCAUCUUACACAGAGAUCUGAAGCCUGAGAAUAUUUUUCUCGGUGAAGACAACUCCGUCAAGCUUGGCGACUUUGGAUUGUCCAAGAUGAUCCAAUCUCAUGACUUUGCGUCUACGUACGUCGGUACACCGUUCUACAUGUCCCCUGAGAUAUGUGCCGCAGAGCGAUACACGCUCAAGUCCGACAUCUGGUCACUGGGUUGUAUAAUGUACGAACUCUGUGCCAGGGAGCCUCCGUUCAAUGCCAAAACCCAUUUUCAGCUCGUACAGAAGAUCAAGGAGGGAAAGGUUCCCGGGUUGCCUAAGGUCUACUCCGCCGAACUCUGGAGCGUAAUUAAGAAUUGCCUUAGUGUCAACCCCGACGUACGACCGGAUACUGCUACCCUGCUCAAUCUUCCGGUUGUUCGACUGAUGCGUAAAGAACGUGAGGCAGUUGAACUGAAGAAGAAGUUACAGACACAGAACGACCUAUUGACCCACCGCCUUAAGCAGCUUGAAGGCAAGCUAGCAGGCGUCGAGGCGGACAAGGCAUAUUUCCGACAGGAGACUGAUGCCCAGUUACGACGGGAAUGGGAAGUCAAGGCUCGAUUGGAGAUUGAUCGCCUUGUGAACGAGGAGAUUGAGCAACUUCAACGACGCUUUGAAGCCGAAGUCGACGCACGAGUUCAAGAGGAGCUCCAAAAGAAAAGGGUCUCCUUUGGUCCCAUCGAGACGCAAGAGUUUACUUCGUCUCUAGCCAAGUCAGACUACCCUCGUUCUUUUAUCACCAGUACCGAUGGCGAAUUUCCGUCAGUUACGGACAUAACUGAUUACUCGGUCGACUCGCCGGACGAGCCUCUUAAGAAGAGCCGAAUCCUCGGUCGAGCUCAGACUAUGUUUGAGCGUAAUCUUGGAACACCCGGACAGAUGAUGGAUAUAGACAUGGCCUCACCCUCCCCGAUGGCUAUCGCAUCUUUGUCCCUGUCGCCACGUCGCAACAAUGGAAAGAAGGCACCGACGGCGAAUCACACCACUACUAUCUUUGACCAGGUUGAUGAUGAAUUGAAGAUCGAGUUCAUGCCGUCGGAUUCAGAGGACGACGAUACGCCGAUAAUUCCGUCGCCUACUCGCCCUCCACGAUCCAGCAAGAACCCUUUCGGUCCCCAGCGUCCGGUUCUUACGACCAUGAAGACAGCUCCGGUCCACCGUCCCAAGACUCAAAACUCUUUGAUCACCACCAAGGCGGCACCCCCUCUAUCUCAGCCGCCCCCAGAGUUCCAGUUGCGAGCUCAGCAUAGUAACGGGGCUCUGAGAGAAAGGGGUAACUCGCCUAAUCGGCGACUUAGCAAGAUCCCGUCUGUCGCUAGUCUCGGCACGCAGGGUGCGGAAGUCGGCUUGCAGCGAAAACCUUCUCAAAAGAAGGACCCAGAUCAGCCACUGACAAAGGUCGUGGCGAAGAACAACAUCAAGGGCCGUACCCUUGUUGAGCUUCAGCAGGCUCGCGCCGGAGGUCGGCCGGUGGAAAAUGCGAAUGUUAGUCCCAAGCGCAAUCCCAAGGACCGAAUGUUCGCGGAGCCUGCGGUCUGGGACCCGGAGAAGGAUGAGAUGCCCAGCCCGUUCCUGGUGCGGAGGAAGCAGCAGCCUAUGGCUCGGGUAUAGGAUAUCCCUUCCCCCUUCUGCCGUCGCAUGACGAAUUGAGUACACGAGUUAUGAUAUACCACGCCCGGCUUGACACAUCGUCUGGCCAAUUUCCUUUGUCGUACCUAAUGGGGUGGUUAGUCCCGGGCAAGGUGGCUAUGGGUGUAAUUGAUGAUUUGGUGUGACAAGCAUAAUCGCGCGUUAAAUCAUCAGGGCAUGGAGCUAAGGCAUGGCGUUUGAUACUAAAGGAGUCCUAAAGAGUUCUGGCGUAUUCGGCAUAUUGAGACUGGCAAGCAAGACCAGUCACCUUUGUGUAUAGUUGAUUCGUGCAGUGCCGCAAAUUACUCAUCUUCCGCCAAGUUCUUGAGUGAUUCCGACAGUGGGCUGCCAUUUGUGUAAUAUUUCCUUUGCUUUUCUGUUUCCCUCUGCUAAGCACGAUAUACAUGCGCGUGAGGCGCGCUCAAGUCAGGAUCAGGAGUUGGAACAAUCCGACCUUAUGCACUUGCUUCAUAGAGCAGAGUCGCCCAUGUUGGAGAGUUCGACGAGGACUGAACCACUAUGACUUAUACGAUUGUACUAUAGAGUGCCUAGUUUUUAUGCCGAAUACAUGAAUUAAUAAUAAAUAACUU